UUCAGGGUCUAAAUCCUGUCUGCAGCAAUGUAGCGGCCAAUCGAACAGGAGGGUGGCAACUUAUGCAGGGGUCCAAUUCUUGACCACAAGCCCGCAUCUCAUGCAAGCUGCGCGGAUUCAGAAAGAUGUGGUGGUCAACAUAGUUCGCAGUAUCCAAUACGAGGCCCUUGCUACAUCUCAGGAGCAAUGACUUAUGAAGAAACGCCGAGAAAGCCCCUUACUGAUUUGACCGUGGACUUAUAAAAGGCUCAAAAAAAAGCGUCUUCUCUUUUCUCCAGCAAACCUCUCUAAUGCUUCCUGCUAUCAAGAUCUCGGCCCUGCUCAUCCUUCUGGUCUACCCUGUCGUUGGCAGAGAUGAGGAGCAGUUCCUGGUGACAAGCGUGACAUGCACGUACAAUACGCUACGUCAAACGUUCUCAAGGGUCGAGAUUGAAAAAAAAUACAAUGCCGCCAAGACUGUCAAACAUCCAGUGGCAAAAAGCGAACUUGAAAGUAUGGAUCAAGCUCUUGAACCCGCAACCUGCAAUCGCACUGCCAACACCAAGGCAAGUUUCAAACAUCUUGAGGAGUUUUACUUACACCUAGAUCGUCCUUCGCGAGGAAAAGGCUAUGAAGAAGAGCGGCAAUGCCGCUUCUGUGAAGUAUAUUGCAUAUUUUGCUGGGCAGACUGAUGCCAAUGUUCUUUGUGGCGUUGUGCAAGAGGCGACGAAGGGCAAAAUGAAGGCUUCAAUCAACUUUCCUUGCGAGAAUGACAUAAGCCACAAAGCUUGACGGUCACAACAAUUUCCAUCUUAUUUCCUGAUUGACUUAGUCUAGAUGACUGUCUAUCAUGAUUCUCAACAGUAUUCGUAAGCUCAGUUCAAAUCUUUCUCUUUACAUAUAC